UUCCAGCUUCCUAAACCCGUUCAUCCAUUCACCCAUUUACACAUUCAUCCUUUCAAUCAAUUACCGAUCCCAACUUCUGCCUCCGAUUGAAUGUUAUCUGAACAGACAUUUUACGUUAGAUACAUACAAACUUCGGAAGCAGAAAAACACAUCAACCGAAUCAAUUCUUGCUACAACUUCGCCUUUCGUGGUGCACUGAAAGUCGCCAGUCUGCCGUCACCCCUCGUUUUCCUACCUAUCAUACCAUUGCGCGCGACUCUGUCAUUGGUCACCUUUUGAGACGUCACUAUUUUUUCAUCAUUCUGAUAUACCCGUGGUCAUGCAAGUGAAUCGAAGUCGAUAUGGCUACAAACCGAAUGACCCUUGAGGAUUGGCUGGACGACCUGUGCGUCAGGUUCAUUAUAAACCUUCCCAAAGCCGACCUGUCCUCAGUAGCACGCAUAUGCUUCCAGAUCGAAGAAGCACAAUGGUUCUACGAAGAUUUUAUUCGAUUAAUCGACCCGACCUUACCAUCCAUGUCCCUUCGAAGCUUUAUGAUGAAGAUGUUCGAGUAUUGCCCUCUCCUCGCGUCCUUUUCGGCCGACGAACACUUGAGAGCCUUUGAAGAGUUCAUGCAAUAUAAGACACGAGUACCAGUAAGAGGAGCAAUCUUGCUCAACGACAACAUGGACGCAACGGUCCUUGUCCGAGGAUUCAAAAAGGGCGCAACUUGGAGCUUUCCCAGAGGCAAGAUUAACAAGGAUGAGGAUGACCUAGAUUGCGCUGUUAGAGAAGUCUAUGAAGAGAUAGGCUUUGAUAUCCGACUUGCGGGCCUGAUCAACGAAAUCACACCAGCUCAAUACUUCGAGGUUACUAUGCAGAACCAACAAGUAAGGCUGUAUGUAUUUCGUGGAAUUUCGGAGAAUACCGUCUUUGGCACUCGGACGCGAAAGGAGAUUGGGGCAAUCAGAUGGUACAAAGUUGAUGAGUUACCAACCUAUCGUAAGAAGAAAGGCGGACGAAUCAACGGGGCUGGCGGACCAGGGAAUGAGAAGUUCUACAUGGUCGCGCCCUUUAUGGUUCAAUUGCGCCAGUGGGUGGUAAAGCAAAAGAAGAUCGACGCACUGAAGGCUGGAGAUUCAGGUAUCCAUCAUCACGCCUUAGUCCCUUAUGAGGAGACGACCGAUGACAACGUUAUCCAUGAACCAGCCCAGUCGUCUGCCGCUCCCGAUACAAACCCCGAUUUGUAUGACAAUGCGACGAGGGAGCUGCAACGCCUUCUUAGAGUGAGGCCGCAGUCGGAUCAGCAGGCUAGCCAGGCGCUCAUGUCUCUUUUACAGCCCGGAACGGCAGCCGGCAGCGAGGUACAUAGACACCCGCGAGAGAAUGACGUUGAUGCUCGAACAGUACAACAUCAGCACCAUCUUCAGCACCAUCUUCGAGCCGAGCAGCCACAGUUCUCUACUGAGAUGAGGCCUCGGCCUUACGUGACGUACGUCAAUGUCACUGCUGGCCCUCAUGAUAAUCAUCAACCCGUGUUAUCAGAGAAAGUCCACCAAUCGCUAUCUCAGCCAGUGCAACUUGUUCACCCUCAGCCCCUCCCGCCACAAGUGCAAAAGGCAAUGCUCUUGAAUGAUGUUAUUCCAUCGUCGCCACAGAUUACAGAGCACUCCACUGGUCGACCGGGACUCCCCGGGUUUUCUCAGAACAACCAGUACGCUAGCCAAGACCAAUCCGGCUAUGCUCACAGGCCGCAAGGAGCUCAAUCUGAACGCCAGUUGCCUGCGCACUCGGCAAAUCUACUGAAUGUUCUUAAGGGCAAUGUAGCACAGCCAAGCGCGGGUCAGAGUAGCGCCCCGAGAGUACCAGGCCAAUCUAUAAGCCGAUCGCCCGAGAACAAUCCCCAGCAGCAGCACCAGUUUUCUGUGGCAGGUAAAGCAUUUGUUGGGCAAUACAAUAAUUCGGGCGUCCCUUCUGAGUACAACUCUAUCCCGGUGAACGGCGUUCAUGCAAACCCAUCAAGCUCCGAUGCGCGAUUGCUUCGCCCUACUGAUAAGCACCGUGCAGGUUUGCUCGAGAUGUUUAAAAAGUCGGAGCCUUUAACACAGAACCAACUUGACGGGGAGGGGAUGAAUCGCCGUCCCUCCCAACAAGGUGAAGAUGCAAAGAAGCACCGAUCCUCCAAAUAUCCAUCGACUGCUAGUGCUCUCCAGGCCGCUGCUCAUGAAAACGGCGGGCCUAUGCAGACUCACCCCGAGGCAAACCUUCCGUUUAGGGCUUUGACGAUAUUAUCUCGUCCUAAGCAAGGUCAAGAGUCAAGUGAAAGCACGGUACCACGACCAUCGCCUUCCUCGAAGAAGAACUCACCAAGGCCUAACCAGUUGGUAUCAUCGAAGACCCAACAGUUAGGCCAAUCGUAUCCGUAUGGCUCGACGCAGCCGAACCCACUAUCGCUCUUCCCAACCCCUCCGUCUGCAUCGUCACUACCGGUUCCCGGCGGCUUCCAGUUCAGACAGGAACCUACGGCAGAGCAGAAGAGCUCGCUACUUUCGCUUUUUGGCAAGCCGAAGCCAAAUACGGAACAGAAUAAGGGAAAGGAGACGUUAAUGCCCGACCAAUCCCUUGCGCUCGCUGCUCCACGAUCGCGGUUGGGUUCAGUUGCUUCUAGCAGAGGUGAAGGGAAACUAGUUCUGCGAGGAAAUGCAUCCCGACGAGGCAGUCAAUCACCACUUUCCCCUGCUGAUAAGGAAUUCUUAAUGAAUUUCUUGAAUAAUGCUUCCAGUAAUGCGAGACGCUAACUGGACACAUGGCCUGGAUUGCUACGAAUAGAUGAAGGAAUGGGAGAGAUAAAAGGGGAUGUGGAAGGAUAGAGGGAGCGGUGAAGAAAAGAAGGCGUAAGGAUGAACGGUGCGUGUAAACAGGCAAAGCAGUGAAGGGGGUUUGCAUUGAUUCCUAGUAUACCCUUGGUGCAUUUUGAUUGCAUCGUAUAAUAGUGCUUUGAUUCCUGAG